CUAAUCCCCCCCCCCCUCUCUCUCUCUCUCUCUCUCUCUCUCUCUCUCUCCAUCAUGUGGUCACCAUGGCUGAAAUCACCGAGCAGGGUGCACACAAAUAAACCAGCGCGGUCACAGAGGAGCUUCUCCUGCUCAUCCUUCAAAGAUAUCCAAAACCUCUGCGAACCCGAACCCGAAUCCGAGGUCCUAAGCCCGCGGAGCUCUUCCAUUUUGCACCGGGUCAAAAUAUCCACCUCAGUCCUUCGGUUGUGGGCCCACCGAAACGCGACUCCACCAGACGCCGACCAGCGCGUGGUAAUCUACUACACCAGCCUCCGCGUCGUCCGCAGGACCUUCGAGGACUGCAAAGCCGUCCGAUCCAUUCUCCGUGGAUUUCGCGUCCCCAUCGACGAGCGAGAUCUGUCUAUGGACGGGAAGUUCCUGGACGAGCUGCAGGCGAUUACGGGGAACAAGACUCUGACUCUGCCGAUGGUUUUCAUUGGCGGGCUCUUCAUUGGUGGGGCCGAGGAGGUCAAACAGCUCCACGACAUAGGAGAAUUGAAGAGGCUGAUCGAACGGCUACCAGUGGUAGACUCCAGAGCGUGCGAUUUGUGUGGAGGGCUGAGAUUUGUUCUCUGUCAGACGUGUGAUGGGAGCCAUAAGGUCUAUUUUGAGAAGAUUGGGUUUAAACCUUGUACCGUAUGCAACGUCAACGGUCUGAUUAUGUGCCCUUCGUGUGCUCCGGUACGGCGGCGGCACAGAGAAUUCUAGAUUUCAAAUUUUCCCCAAUUGAUUAAUUAAGUGAACUGAAACAAAAAAAAAUUAGAACACAGUUUGUGUUUUAUUUGGGUGUUAAUUUGCUUACUUUUGGGGAAUAUGAAUGUGAUGAGUAAUUGAAAUUAUAAUUUUUAUUCUAUCUAGCUAAUUAAGUUGGAAUUUUGUUAGUUUUGGGGAAGAUCGAAUUGUCCUGUUCGAUUUUUUUUGUUCAAUGAAAUUCUCUUUAUUUUAUGCAAA